GCAUCACACCAAAGCCUGUCUUCAUCCAAGCAGCUUCCUAUAAAUGCAGCGAGCGACAGGCUGAGAUCACACAGCGAGUGCUGAUCCCGGAUUGCAACACCGCAGGCUGUAAAGCGAGUAGAGCAGCCAAGCGGGUAGAAAUACUCAAGAUCACGCAAAGGAAAUUAAAAACACAAAUGAAAUAAGAAAAACGAAUCGCACCUCAUGCACGGAAUCUCAUUACUUUUCCUUGUUUUUAAUCAUUGUGUGACUGUCUUGAAAGAAAGACGCUGAAUUGACAGUGAGCGACACAGCACCUGUCUCGUGUUUUGUGUACAACGCAGUAAAUACGUUUCUACAUUUUAAAAAGACACUGCGCGUUUUUUUUGUACCGCAGAUAUAUUGUUUUGUAAAUUCACUUUUGUCAUCCGCUGCUUUUUAAAAUCUAUUUUUGGAACCACUUCGUGUUCUUAUUAUUAAUUUUAAUUAAGGUUUUUUUUUUUUAAUUUCGACGGGAAUACAGUUUUGUGUCGUUGUUUUGGAAUGUGAUUUUUACGCUGAAGAUGUACCGGGUCCGCUUCGUCGCAUGCUGCGCGUUUGCCCUUGCCUUGCUGGAGAGCGCUGUGACAGACUGCGCGCCUCAAACAUUACCGAUACAAAAUGAAUUACAGGGCAAACGGCACACAGGAGAGCCGUCGCCUCUAAAACGCAACCAAAAACUUACUGAAAUUAAAUUAUCAGACCCCGCUGCUCCUCAUACUAACCCUAACACGGGGAAGCACAAAAGCCUUGUAUUGAAUUUUGACAGGGAUUCUGGACUGCCGCUGGACGACGCAGAUACUGGACUGAAGGGACAGCCGUGGCCAGAGCAGCAUGAGUGGACACAGCCCUUUGUGAUCGUACGUGGCCAGAGGUCCAGUUUGAAUGACUUUUUAAAGAAUGGACACCCUCAGAGACUGCGUUGUGGACUGGAGGCUGAAGGGAAGCAGCUCAUUCUAGACUUGGAGAAAAAUGAGAAUCUGCUCCCCAGCGCCCCCUUUGUCUUCUAUUACCUCCCUGACGGCACGCUGGUAACUGAGGACAGUCAGCAAGCGACUCACUGUUACUAUCAUGGCACUGUGCAAGGCUUCUCUGAAUCCCGUGUGGCUGUCAGCACCUGCGAUGGAAUGAGAGGUGUGGUCGUGCUGAGCGCUAACCAGAGCUACGUGGUGGAGCCGAUGGAAGACAAGGAAGGAGAAGGGACCCACAUCAUCUACAGAACCCAGGAAGAGGUGUCCUUCAGCGGCGCGUGUGCAGUCACUCACCCCCCCAGCACGGUGCCUCCUAACCCAGCGCCAGAGCAGAAGACUCACCGGUGGAAAAGAGACAUCCUGACAGAAGUCAAAUACAUUGAACUGGUGCUUGUGGUCGACAACAAGGAGUUUAAAAGCUAUCAGAUGAACAGGAAGACCAUCACAAGCAGAAUGCUGGACCUGGCCAAUCAAGUGGACUGGUUCUAUCGCCCGCUCAAUGUGCGAGUGGCCCUGGUGGGCAUCGAGAUCUGGAGCGACAGAGACCACAUCCUCAUCGACAGCAACCCAACUGACACACUGAACCGCUUCCUGGACUGGAGGAGUCGAGAGCUUUUACCACACAUACACCAUGACAACGCCCAGCUCAUCAUGGGCGGCUCUUUCGAUGGCACUACAGUCGGGAUGGCAUCUCAGUCUUCAAUGUGCUCUGUGGACCGGUCUGGGGGGAUCAAUGUGGACCACUUAGUGAGUAUCCUGGGCGUGGCCUCCACGGUCGCCCAUGAACUCGGGCACAACCUGGGCAUGAGCCACGACACUGUGGACCGGCACUGCCAGUGCAGGAAGGAGAAGCGGCUGGGAGGCUGCAUCAUGGAGCCAUCCACCGGGUUCAUGCCGGGCCAGUUGUUCUCGAGCUGCAGUGCGCAGGACCUGUCUGUCAGUCUGCUCCAGGGGGGCGGGAUGUGCUUGUUCAACGUGCCCAAGCCGGACCGCCUGCUGGGGGAGCCGCGCUGCGGGAAUCUCUACGUGGAGAAGGGGGAGCAGUGCGACUGCGGGCUGGCUGAUGAGUGUAAAGACCCCUGCUGCAACGCCACCACCUGCAAACUGGUUCCAGGGGCCCAGUGUUCCUCUGACGGGAUCUGCUGUGAGAACUGCAAGCUCCGCCCUACUGGUGCAGUGUGCAGGGACCCCCUGGGUGAAUGUGAUUUGCCGGAGUACUGUAAUGGCCACUCCCCCUUCUGCCCGCCUAACGUCUUCAUUCAGAAUGGUCACUCCUGCAGACAGGGGGCAGCAUACUGCUACAGAGGGGUCUGCAUGAGCUACGAUGUGCAGUGCCAGGUGCUCUGGGGGGCCAACUCCACCCAGGCCCCAGCAGUGUGUUUCACCACUGUGAAUAAGCAGGGAAACAAGUAUGGGAACUGCGGCCAGCUUCCAAACGGCACUUACAUCCCCUGCACUAAAGAAGAUGCUCACUGUGGUAAGAUCCAGUGCCAGGGAGGGAGAGAUCGCCCCCUGCUGGGCUCCAAUGCUGAGAUCCUCGCCACCACCGUCACCUACAACAGGUCAAAGUUCACCUGCAGAGGCACCUACUUCAACCUGGGCGAUGAUGUCACCGACCCUGCCAUGGUCAUGCCAGGCACCGCGUGUGGAGUGGGCAAGGCCUGCAUGGGCGGGAGGUGUCAGGACGUGUCUGUGUUUGGAGUGUCCGAAUGCCUGAAGAAGUGCAGUGGGAACGGGGUUUGUAACAGCAAUAAGAACUGCCACUGUGAUGCAGGCUGGGCCCCUCCGGACUGUGGAGCCACGGGGACGGGAGGCAGCGUGGACAGCGGCCCUGCCCAGGAGAGCAGCGACUUUAACCCAGUGCGGGUCGCUCUGCUUGUCAUUUUCCUCUUUGUCCUGCCGGUGGCGCUCUUGUGCCUGGGGCUGCUCUUUCACAGGCUAAAAGGAUUUCCGAGCUGCCUGGGGAGCAACGCCUUCAACAAGUGGAGUACCCGUCAGCGCAGCAGUGCAGCGAGCAAGAUGCGUGUCCAGUUUGUGGGCGUGGCCACAGAGGAUGUGGCGGAAGAGAAUGGGAGGCGGACCCCUAACGCAGAGCUCAGCAGCAGUCACAAUGGAGAACAAGUGCAGCCACUCCGAUACCAGUGGAUGCAGAACGCAGACAUCCCCCUUGCACCCCCAGCUAACAAGGUGCUUGGAAGGCCUCCCGCUCCUUCUAAGCCACUACCACCUGACCCUGUGUUGAACCACAUCAAGCACACCGCUUCAGACAGACCUGCCCCUCCAUCCAAGCCACUGCCGCCUGACCCCGUACCCAGAGGCAGCCAGCCUAGUGCUCCAGCCAAGCCACCGCCGCCACGGAAAGCACUUCCUUCUGACCCCCCUGUGCGCUCUCUAUCCGGGGCCCCACUGCAAAAAGGAGCCAAUGCAACUUCAGUUCCUAUCUACAGACCACCCAUUGCUUUUGUGCCUGCAAGACGGGCUCCCUCACCACCAGUCUGGAGCUCGCAACCCCCCACCAGCACAGCUCCGGCCGCUCCCCAAGUAUAACCAGUACAGACCAGUGACUGACUGGGCUGACCUGAAUUGGACUCAAACACACACAGGAGCCCGCAGUACUGGAAUGGACACAGCUGACCUCAAAAACUGUACUUGAUCCAUUUCCUGAAAUGCUGAAGAUCUCAAAUCACCUUUUAAAGGAGUUCUAACCAAGAUUGAAAAAUCCAGUUUCUUCACAAACAUGACCACAGUCCCCUGUCUUUUGUUUUAAUAACUGUCGGUUCUUUGCUUGUUUUUUAAUGUUUAAUUCAAGAUAUGCAGAUAUUUCAAUGAAAAAAAAAAAUGGUUUCCUCCUCGUACCCCAUUUCCUGUGCUCUAGGUCAGUUUCCAUGCAAGACAGACCUUGUGACCUACAGCACAGGGCGUGUCUCGCUACCAGGAUGUAUCUGUGUUUUAUGUAUGUAUGUUUAUAGACGGUGUCUGGCCAUUUUUUUUGGACCUGUACCUAAUAUUGGUUUGGAGCCACUGAUCACAACCUUGACAUGGCAUAGACUCCACAAGGUGCUGGAAGGUGUCUCGAAGGAUCCAGUCAGGCAUUAAUAUUUCAGUUGGUGCAGAGUGAUGAAAAACGUUCAAGUUCAUCCCAAAUGUGCUCAAUCGGAUCAUUUGUUGUUGAUUCACUCUGAUGACUCUUGGAGCAUGCAUCUUUCCAAUGAGAUCUUUCCCUAUUUCCGGUAGACUGUUUGCAAUUGUGCUGCACCGGCAGCUUUAUAGCGUUGCUGAGGUCACAUGAUCAACCUAAUCUCAAAUCCAAUCAGGUAGACAGAUCCAAAUAAAGUGGCCAUGCAGCGUGUGUGUGUGCGUGUGUAAUAUCUGUUUACUGCUGAAAGUAUCAAGCAAAGCCCUGUAAGAUUUCCAUCACAUUGACAUUGAUAAGGUUGCAUGUGCUAAUAAGAAACUAGUAUGCCAUGUUCAUACUCCUUUAAGAUAUAAAGUAGCAAGUCAUUCUUCCCUUGCUUUAAGCACUAUACCACACUGCACUCACACCUUUAACCUUUCCACUGCCAGGCAUGUAGAAUCUUUGUGUUCCUGCUGUAAAAACGGCACUUUCACAUCAGUGUAUUAACAUCUUUGUUAAAGAUCUGGCCUUUGCAAAAUAUGUCUAGCAACUAGAACUGAAGAGCAGCUCCUGAACUCACACCAAAGCACCACAGCACAAGCUUAUCAAAAAAAGCAUUUCAGUAAUUGCAAUCAGAAGCACAGACUGAUUGUAAACAUCAGAAAAAGGCAAGGGGUCAGAAAAAAAAAUAAAACUUUGAAAAUUGUAAGUUGAAGCAGCUGUGUGAAAAUGAAAACUGUCGACCUUUAAAAGGCUUCAGAGCUUCAAUCAGUCCACUAUCAAAACUCUUAGAAGUGAAGCUGCUGAAAGCAAAUAAACAAAGAUUUCUCUUAAGGGGUUCCAGCUAAUAAAAUAAUUCCAUACCCUGUUCUGCUCUUCUAUUCACCAUAUAAGAAGGGCUUCUGAUUUCCUGUUUUAACCGAUAAAAAAACACUUAUACAAAAAAAAAUCACUUGUAUCCGAUAAACACCGGAAAUGUUUACUCAAUUCACGUUGACUUGACCCCUUUCCCCGUCAAAAAACUGUUUUCAUACAGUAUAUAAAAAUCAAAAGCCCAGACAAAAAACUAUUUAUUAACUCAAAAAUAGCUAAGAAUAAGCACAGAAAAUGAAAUUAAUAAAAACAGAAAAACAGAAGCCUUACAUAUGUCUUAAAUGUGCAGUUUUUAAAGAAAUACAUGUUACAGCAAAUUCAUUUGGUCGUUUCCAUGCCUUAUUUUCAGAUAGUUACUUUUUCACAUCCUGUGUCACCUCAGCAGUUUCUGGCUCAGGGUUACUGGCUGUAAUGCCUGUCAGUCAUGAGGGGAAGCAGCUGAUUGGCUAAUGACAAGACAAUGGCAAACAUUUCACACUCACAGUGAUCUAGAAAGAGUAAGACUUUCUUUAACUGAAAAUACGUGAUUGUUACAAAGUGUUUUUUUUUUUUUUUUUUUUUUUUAAAACUGACAACAGGCCUAAAUAGCCAUUCGAAGUGUAAAACAGUUAUUUUGUGCAGGGUUAUUGUAGUAUCAGCUAGAAAGCCUUUGAUGUUGCCUUUAAAAAGACAACGAAACACACUUAAAACUUUAUUUCACUAUGAUCGUAAUCGCUUGUAAUGUUGAGACCGAGUGGAUGUUGUACAUUUUACUGACUGUAUUGUAACAGUUUAUAAAAUAAAGCCAGGGCAAUGACCUCA